CACUAGCAAGUGAAUAUGUCCAGGGUUAGAGAAUGAAGAGUGAUGUGCACUAAAGGGAAGGCCUGCUUUGCAGAAGAGUAGCCAACUUGUUUGUGUGUCAGGGUGGACUCUCCUGCUAGCUCCAUUAUACACAUAUGCUUGUUCUGACCCCAGGACUCUGUUGAGGAAAUUCCAGGUAUGACAAUGCUUGGAUUGCAGUAUCCUGGAAACCUUUACUAGUAAUUUGAUGAAUGUCAGCAAUCCCUUAAGUCACAGGGCAUCACUGAUAGAACACAAGAGGACAGCCUUCAUAGAAAGCAGAGAAAAACGUCUUCAAAGAACCCAAAGUAGAUUGGGAAAAUGUCAGCAACUUCCUAGGGGAAUCAAGGACCCGGAUAAUGGAGUAUUUUUGAUAGGGGUAUCCACAGAGACCAUUGGCUGGACACUGAUGUGAGGUGGAGGAGAGGAGCAUGUGGAGGUGGAACCAGACUGCUCUGGAAGACUUCAUCCUUCAAGGGCUCUUUGAUGACUCCUUCAACCACCUUUGUCUUUUCCUCCUGAUCAUGCUGGUGUUCCUCACUGCAGUGAGUGGCAACAGCCUCACCAUCCUCCUCAUCUGCACUGACCCCCGUCUUCACACACCAAUGUACUUCCUGCUCAGCCAGCUGUCCCUCAUGGAUCUGAUGCAUGUCUCCACAACCAUUCCCAAGAUGGCGACCAACUACCUGUCUGGCAAGAAGUCCAUCUCGUUUGUGGGCUGUGCCACCCAGCACUUCAUGUACCUGUCUCUUGGUGGUGCAGAGUGUGUCCUCCUGGCUCUCAUGUCGUAUGAUCGCUAUGUUGCCAUCUGUCACCCCUUACGCUACACUGUGCUCAUGAGCAGUAGAGUGGGGGUGAUGAUGGCUGUCAUAUCAUGGUUGAGUGGAUCUGUGAACUCCCUAAUCCACACAUCUGUCUUGAUGAACUUCCCUUUCUGUGGUUCAAGAAUCAUCCACCACUUCUACUGUGAAUUUCCAGCUGUUUUGAAGUUGGUGUGUGGGGACAUGACUGUGUAUGAGAACACAGCCUACAUCAGCACCGUUAUUCUUCUUCUCCUCCCUAUCAUUUUUGUCUCUACCUCCUAUGGAUUCAUUCUGCACAGCGUCAUGCAGAUGCGUUCAACUGGGAGUAAGAGAAACGCCUUUGCCACAUGCAGCUCUCAUCUUACAGUGGUUUCCCUUUUUUUUGGUGCAUGCAUGUUCUCUUAUAUGAGACCCCGAUCCCAGCGCACUCCAUUGCAAGACAAAGUUGGUUCUGUUUUCUAUAGCAUCAUUACUCCUACCCUGAAUCCCCUGAUUUAUACUCUCAGGAAUAAGGAUGUUGCUAAGGCUCUGAAAAAAGUGUUAAGGAGAGAUAUUUUCACCUAAUGAUCACAGUUAUAGUUUUCUAGAAUAUAAUAAUCAAGUACGAUAUGUCUUAAACUGAUUUAAGCAAAUUCCUGAUGCUUUUUGACUAGUGUACAAAUAACAUGGAUCCUAUUCUAAUAUAAUUUCCAUCACCGAAACUGAUAGAAUAACUGUGCUGCCAUCUUGGACCCUUUACCUGAACUUCUGCUUCUAAGAAUGGCACAGAGUUUUUUUUUUUUUUUUUUUUUUUUUUUUUUUUUUUUUUUACAAAACAUCUCAUGUGCUUAAAAGUCAACCAAACCACAAUUUUAAUCCCUUCCCAGGUAUAGAACCAUGGCCACCUGUCCACACAUACAGUUUCUUUUCCUCCCCAAUCUUCUAAUACAACAAAACUUCCCUAGCUUGUAGCAGAAGCACUCUUAUUACCUGUGUAAAGGUGUGUGGCUUCUUAGGUUUUGCACAGUAAGGCUGCAACUCCUGUUGAACAGGCUUCUGACUUCAGAUUCCUUUGGUUUGACAUCCUUUUUCUAAUGUGAAUACUAAUGUGUACAUACUAUGAAACUCCUGAAGAGCUAAGGAAAAAGUAAAUCCAAACCCAAACCCACCCUCAAUAAUGGUUUGAAAGGAUGCAUAGACAAUGCUACUCAGUCAGUACAGUCUUUGUUUAGCAUUCCCAAAAUCCUGGCUUGGAUCUCCAGAAGUGCUUUGAACUGGGCUUGGUGGUAUAUAUGUCUGUGAUUCCUGAACUCAUGUGGAUCAGAAGUUCAUGACCAUCCUCAGGUAUAUAGUGAGUUUCAGCCUCAAAAUUAGACCAUCAAAACAAAACCAACCAAUUAGUGAUCCAACCCCAAUUAGAUAUAAAAGUCCAAUGACAUACCCAAAAACAUUAAGACAAAAUGACAGCGGGCUGUCGAUAAAACUUCACAUACUAUGUUUAAUAGGUAUGAGGACGUGGACAUUGUUGCCUUGUUCCCAAUUUUAGUGGAAAUGCUUUUAAUUUCUGUUUAAGUCGAUGCUGACUGUGGACCUGUAUCAAAUGAUAUUUAUUAUGUUGAGAUAUGUCUCUUGUAUCAUUGGUCUCUCCAGAACUUUUGCUAUGAAGCUAUGUUAGAAUUCUUUUUCUAAUUUGAUAAUCAUGGUUUUUUAGUCUGUGUAUAUGGUAGAUUAUGCUCAUAAUGUUUGUUGAACUUAUAAACACUAUGAAUUUGAAUCUCUGGGUGUGAUGCCAAUCAUUGACUGUAAAAGAUGAGCCUCAUUAUUGGUUUUCCAGUGUGGAGUGGCCAGCCUUGAAACUAUAUACAGAUAAACAUCUAUAAGAUACCCCAUAGACCGUAUUUAUUAAUUUGUGUAUGUUGCAAAUAUAAAAGAGAAAAAUCCUGUUAACUUGAGAGUGGGCAUUGCAGGGGUUCAUUGGAUGGUGGCUGGGUAGUUGGGGAAAGCAAAGGAAAGAGGAAGUGAUAUAAUUCUAUUUAAAUUAAGAACAUAGCAAAAAAUAUCAUCCUCUUUGUGUAGCUUUUCCAGUUUAGUACUUCACAGAGUUUAAUAGUAUUCUCUUAUUGCUUUAUUUUGGUUUCUGGUUUACUAAUUUCAGCCCUGAUUUUGACUGUGUCUCCCCAAUUACUCUUUUUGUGUAUUGUGUUGCUCUUACUUUUUUCUUUUUAGAAUUUUCAAAUGUGUCAUUAAUUUGUUGAUGCAAGAACACUCUAGUGUUUGAAUUAUGAACGUAGUGCUAUGAACUUGCCUCUUAACUUUGCCUUCAUGUGUCUCACGUGUUUGGGUAUGUUGUAUUUUCAGUUUUAUUGAAUUCUAAACAGCUUUACAUUUCAUUCUUGAUUUCUGUCUUGGACCUAAUUUCAUCCAUUAGUGAGUUGUUCAGCUUCUGUGAUUUUAUAUAUUUUUUAAUCUUCUACCACAAAUCAAUUCCAAAAUCCUGUGAAUCACAGAAUUAUGUAUAGAGACAGCAACUACUUUUUUCUCAGUUGUUUGUGUUAGACUCUUUUCUGCUGCUAAUAAACCUGAUAAAAAAGCA